AUGAAUGAGACUCUUCACUUCGAAACGAUUGAAUCUGAUCCCGAUUUGAGUAAUGAAGAAGAAUUGGAAACUCCUUUGAAACCUGGAAUUUUAAUUGAUCCAACAAGAAAGCUGACAAGAAAAUUACCUGUAUCACACGUUUAUGUUACUUCGGCAUAUUACUAUCCAACAUCUAAAUCACUUGGUUCUAAUGCAAUUGCAAUGGCAAUGACUGUUGAUUCCAUUAAUUUCAAUGUCGAUAAUGCCACUUAUUAUGUUGUCGGAUCAAAUGGAACACACACGAUAUCAAGUAUAGCUACUUCACAGACAGAAGGAGUCCCGACUUGUCGUUACACUCCAGCAAUGGCAAAAACAAAUACGGUGGAAAACAUCACCAAACUGGAAAUGGAAUCGAAUGGAGUGAGAGUGGAGAUUCCUUUCAAAAUGGCUCGCUACACAGCCCCGAAGCCAGUAAUUAUUUGCAUUUCUCCACAAUUUGUCGCAGAACAAUGGCAAAUAUUUUUAAUGCAUGUACAUGUGGCUAAUCGAUUUGGUGGUCACCUACAUAUUUAUCUCACUUCAAUCAUUGAAUCAUUCUUCGAGUUGAUGAAAGAAUACGAGCGAGAAGGAUAUCUGACACUUGAUUUCUGGCUUCGGAUGAAAUUUGAACACACCACGACUCCAUAUUUUGAACCGAAUGAGAAUAUUGAGUGGAGAAAUCAGGCAGGAGCACAAACUGAUUGUCUUCUUCAGUACAAAGAAGCAGCUGAAUAUAUUGCAUUCUUUGAUAUGGAUGACAUAUUAUUCCCUAAAAACUAUCCGACUUAUCUGGAAGAGUUCAGUGCAGAAUGGGCUCUUCAGCCAGAUGCAACAUCUGUAUUUUAUGGACGGAGAGAGCACGAAUUCGUAAAAGCUGAAACACUUUCGGAAUUCAGUUUUAUUGAAUUAGUUCGUAGUCUGCGGUCUUCUCCGACAGUGAAACGCGGCAAAGUUGUAGUGAAACCGGAUAGGUAUAACUCUACGUGGAUUCAUUUUAGUAAUAACGAGAGUGAGGGCACGAGAAGAACAAUUGACAAUCCAACUCUAAUUCAUGUCCAACGUCCUCUCCAAAAACAUGGAAACAACAACAUAACGAAAGUUUGGAAAAUGAAAUUUGGACCACUUAACGAGACAAUUCGAGAUCAUGAUGUAAAGGCGAUUGAGGAUGACAUCGAACGAAUAAGGAGAAUUCCAAAAGUAUCGGAAAUUGCUCCAAGACUUCCGUCAUCUGAUUUCUAUCUUCCUAUUGUAUUCAAGUGUUACUAUGAUGCAUUCUAUGACAACGCAUUCGAUCACAGAAAGGGAAAACACGGUUGUCCGAAUGCUGAUACAUGUGUUUUACCUCAACGUGAAGAGUACAAAUGCGUUCAUUCUCAUGCUAAAUACUUCUCUGGUCCUCACAUGAAACCCUUCACUUUCCAUUUCGCAAAAAAUCCUUUCUGGUCGUGGAAUAUCGGUUGUUAUCAGUAG